CGUGAUUGGGAGUCCCAUAGGGCGGCGCACAAUUGGCCCAGCGUCGUCCGGGCUUAGCCUGGGGUAGGCCGUCAUUGUAAAUAAUAAUUUGUUCUUAACUGACUUGCCUAGUUAGACAUUUUUUAUAAUUUAGGGCUUUCCUCGAGCCCCUUUUCACCUAAUAACGUUAGCAGCUAGCUACUGUAGCUAGCUUCCGACCGGAACAUAACCAAACCACGACACAUAGACUAUACAGCUACAAGUAGCGAGUGGAGUUACAAAUGGACUAAACAAGUUAAAUGUAUUCCCUGUGAUCAAAUAUUUUUCACACACAUAGCUACGUGUUGCCUACUGUACUUGGACCCCUGCUCCCUGCAUGUCCCACUCUCCGAUGGCGAAUAGACUGAAGACACACAGGCUUUAUCUCCUUGUUUGCGAUCCGCAGAUGAUGACCAGCUCUGUCUUAUAAGGAGACAAGCCAUCACAAUCACCCACAUGGCACCAGCCUAGAGCUGUCUAUGGCACCAGCCUAGAGCUAUCUUAUAAGGAGACAAGCAUCACAAUCACCCACAUGGCACCAGCCUAGAGCUGCCUAUGGCACCAGCCUAGAGCUGUCUUAUAAGGAGAAGACAAGCCAUCACAAUCACCCACAUGGCACCAGCCUAGAGCUAUCUUAUAAGUAGAAGACAAGCCAUCACAAUUACCCACAUGGCACCAGCCUAGAGCUAUCUUAUAAGGAGAAGACAAGCCAUCACAAUCACCCACAUGGCACCAGCCUAGAGCUGUCUUAUAAGGAGAAGACAAGCCAUCACAAUUACCCACAUGGCACCAGCCUAGAGCUGUCUUAUAAGGAGAAGACAAGCCAUCACAAUCACCCACAUGGCACCAGCCUAGAGCUGUCUAUGGCACCAGCCUAGAGCUAUCUUAUAAGGAGAAGACAAGCCAUCACAAUCACCCACAUGGCACCAGCCUAGAGCUGUCUAUGGCACCAGCCUAGAGCUAUCUUAUAAGGAGAAGACAAGCCAUCACAAUCACCCACAUGGCACCAGCCUAGAGCUGUCUAUGGCACCAGCCUAGAGCUAUCUUAUAAGGAGAAGACAAGCCAUCACAAUCACCCACAUGGCACCAGCCUAGAGCUGUCUAUGGCACCAGCCUAGAGCUAUCUUAUAAGGAGAAGACAAGCCAUCACAAUUACCCACAUGGCACCAGCCUAGAGCUGUCUAUGGCACCAGCCUAGAGCUAUCUUAUAAGGAGAAGAUAAGCCAUCACAAUUACCCACAUUGCACCAGCCUAGAGCUGUCUAUGGCACCAGCCUAGAGCUAUCUUAUAAGGAGAAGACAAGCCAUCACAAUUACCCACAUUGCACCAGCCUAGAGCUGUCUAUGGCACCAGCCUAGAGCUAUCUUAUAAGGAGAAGACAAGCCAUCACAAUCACCCACAUGGCACCAGCCUAGAGCUGUCUAUGGCACCAGCCUAGAGCUAUAAGACCCUGGAAGUUUGAAACAUUUACUGAUAUGAAGGCCGUUAGUUUAACAGAACAAGUUUCUCUGCCCAGGUUAACUACAUCAACUCAAAAUGGAGGAACUCAAAAUGGAGGAAGGAGAUUCUCUGCAUAGCGUUAAUCUGAAUCAACUCAAAAUGGAGGAAGGAGAUUCUCUGCAUAGUGUUAACCUGAAUCAACUCAAAAUGGAGGAAGGAGAUUCUCUGCAUAGCGUUAACCUGAAUCAACUCAAAAUGGAGGAAGGAGAUUCUCUGCAUAGUGUUAACCUGAAUCAACUCAAAAUGGAGGAAGGAGAUUCUCUGCAUAGAGUUAACCUGAAUCAACUCAAGAUGGAGGAAGGAGAUUCUCUGCAUUGCGUUAAUCUGAAUCAACUCAAGAUGGAGGAAGGAGAUUCUCUGCAUAGCGUUAACCUGAAUCAACUCAAGAUGGAGGAAGGAGAUUCUCUGCAUAGCGUUAACCUGAAUCAACUCAAGAUGGAGGAAGGAGAUUCUCUGCAUAGCGUUAAUCUGAAUCAACUCAAGAUGGAGGAAGGAGAUUCUCUGCAUAGCGUUAACCUGAAUCAACUCAAGAUGGAGGAAGGAGAUUCUCUGCAUAGCGUUAACCUGAAUCAACUCAAGAUGGAGGAAGGAGAUUCUCUGCAUAGAGUUAACCUGAAUCAACUCAAGAUGGAGGAAGGAGAUUCUCUGCAUAGCGUUAACCUGAAUCAACUCAAGAUGUCCGCUGCUGUUUCUUUACCCAUCUUGAGACUCCACAGACUGACAAAGGAUCAACUGUCUCUCUGUGCUCCCAGACUUAACCAGAACAACCCGAAGAAGAACAACAAACCAGGUAGAAAACCAACGAAGAAGAAAAACACCACCAGCAGAGGAAAGAAACAACCCACAGGAAAUGGACACAACUCUGCUGACAACAAAAGUGUUUCUAGCCAGGUCUCAGUAGUGUCUAGACAUCAGCACGGCCCGAAGGGAAGCAAAAAUAAACCCAGGAUCAUUCUCAAAUUCUCCCGCUCCAUCUUGAGGCCUGACGCAGCAAAACAAGAGGUGAAACAAGAGAUGGACGAGCUGCCUAUCGGUACAAGAAGUGAUGAACACUGGUUGAACUCUGUGAAGACAGAGAGCUACGACCCAGAGAUGGGUAACACCAGGGGACCUACAGAGAGCGACCCCAGGACAGAUGCACAUCAGCUGGGUAUGAAGAUGAAGGAUGCCCCCCUGUACCACCAGGAUGGAGGGAGGCAGCUGCAGUCGUCUACCGUUCAGCCAUUCAAUCCGGCUGCGUUGCGGUCUGACCUGGAAUGUUGGCCUCACAACCAGAAGGUCCCCAGGUUCCCGUGUCCAGACUGCGGCCAGAAGUUCUUCUCAAAAAUUCAGUUUAAGUUUCAUUCCCGGAGCCACACCCAGUACCGGCCGCACUCCUGCGAGGUUUGCCAUAAAACCUUCUCCCGGAAAGGCAGUCUAGACGAGCACCGACCAAUCCACGAGGUGGAGCGUCCCUUCGCCUGCCUCCAAUGCGGCAGAACUUUCACGUUCAAAUCCAACCUGACCCGCCACAUGCGUUUCCACAGCGAUGCACGGCCCUACGUCUGCCCCCAGUGCGGCCAAAGCUUCAAAAUCUCCGACCACCUGAAGAGCCACAUGACGGCCCACAGCGGGAAUAAACCGUACUUGUGCCCGGAGUGCGGCCAGAGUUUUGUCCGUUACAUUAGUCUCAAGUAUCAUCGGCUGAGCCACACCGGCGAGCGCCCGCUGUCCUGCCCAGAGUGUCCCAUGACCUUUGCCCGGCCGCACACCCUUAUGGUCCACCGGCGACAGCACAGCAGGAAAACGCUGUUCUCUUGCCAGGACUGUGGGAAGCAGUUCAACGAGGGGUACCAACUGAAAGACCACGUUACAAUGAAACACACAGGGGAGAAACCAUACAAAUGCUCAGAGUGUGACAAGUGCUUCAUCACUUCGGCGUCUCGUAAAGUGCACAUGGUUGUCCACACAGGAGAGAAGCCAUACAAAUGCACAGAGUGCUGUAGGAGAUACAGUCAGAGUGGGCACCUAGCGCAGCACAUGAGGAGACACACAGGGGAGAAACCAUACAAAUGCUCCGAGUGUGACAAGUGCUUCAUCACUUCGGCGUCUCGUAAAGUGCACAUGGUUGUCCACACAGGAGAGAAGCCGUACAAAUGCACAGAGUGCUGUAGGAGCUACAGUCAGAGUGGGUCCCUGAAGAGGCACAAGUGUGAGCAGCAAACCAGUGUUACUGUCCCCCCCUCCCAGUGUUACUGUUCCCCUCCCCGUGUUACUGUUUCUCUUCCUCUCUUUGCAGAACAAAAAUGUAGUGCAUUCAAGACCACGGACUGAGUUUGCAAUACAUCCUGCGGGGUCAGAGAAAUAAUUACAUGAACUCUCAUAGACUUUAGGCCUACUUUCCUGGACUGAUAACUACACUGAACAAAAGUGUACAUGCAACAUGUAAAGUGUUGGUCCCAUGUUUCAUGAGCUGAAAUAAAAGAUCCCAUUUUUCCUAUACGCACAAAAA